AUGGUUUUCACUAAGCUUAUUAUUGCUGGGACCACGGGAUAUUUGGCUGGCCAUGCGAGCCGCGCCAUCUUAGCCUCAACAAAGCCCAAGUUCGAUGUUACCAUAUUGACUCGAGUCGAUAGUGGAAAGGCAGUAGCAUUCAUACCUGGCGCAAGGGUUGUUCCGGUUGAUUACAAUGAUCAUAAUGGCCUUGUGAAAACUGUCGCGGGGGCUGAUGCAAUCUUAUCUUUCAUCCCUGGUCCUUCAUCCAAAUCCAUCGAUCGGCUACUUCUUAAAGCGGCACAGGAAGCUGGCGUUCGACGCAUAUUUCCUUCAGAAUACACUUUAGACAUUUUACAUCCUGCCGCAGUGAGCCUCCUGACCGAAGGCGGGAUCUGGCCUGAUGAUCCUCAGCUGUUCUUUACGACACUUGUUCCAUCUGCCUUCAUGGUUUCAUGGCUAGAAGGAGAUUUUGGCUUAUUCGAACCCAAAAAUCGCAAGAUAACCGUGCUCGAUAGUGGAGAUCACUAUUUCGCAGGGUGCUCACUUCCUUUUAUCGGGGCUGCCAUUAUCGCUGUCCUUCAAAUGGACGAGGAGAAGACUAAAAACAAACGCAUAUCCAUCACUAAAGUACGGGCGACCAUGAACCAAAUUGUGGAUAUAUACGAAGAGCUCCUCGGCACCAAAUUUCAGAGAGCUCAAAUUACAUCUCAAGAGUUCCUUAACAAGAGGAAUGCAGAUCUGGCUGCUGGAAAUGCGUUUGCUGCGCUUUUGGACGGCAUUAUUGUGGGCGAAUUUAAUGGAUGUGGAGCGGGCGACCUCGUGGACGGCUUGGCUUUCGACGGUGAUGGCCUUCUUAAUAUAAAGAGGAAAACCCUCAAGGAGUUGACUACAGAAGCUCUCAAGAAGAUUGGAACUAUAUAA